UUCCUUUACGAACAAACAACCACUGUUUUCGUUACUCAAGUAGUCUCUGUCUCUCUUUGACUUCUCUUUUCUUCUCUUCUCUAUCCAAUACUUUAGGGUUUCAUCACACAAUAAUAUCUGACCCCUAACCUAGAUUCUAAUUCUCAACCCUAAUCGGAGAAGAGCAAUUCCGUUCUGUUUCGGGCUCGGUGAACAUUGGUUGGAUAAACAAUCGUCAAUUUACUUAAAGUCAAAGAUAAAUUUCCAAUUACGCGUGGAAUUCGCUCAAAAAAGAAAGUAUCAACAGAGAGAGAUGGAAGACGAUGGUAGCAGCGGAAGUAGCAGUAACUUGGACACUAACAAGUCAGAGAGGGCGGUUUGGCUGAUGAAGUGUCCGGUGGUGGUGGCCAAAACAUGGCAGUCUCACCCUCCCUCCGAUCCUCACCCUCUUGCCAAAGUCGUACUCUCUCUCGAUCCUCUUCAAUCCGAUGAUCCUUCUUCUCUCCAGUUUACAAUGGAAAUGGCUGGUGCUGAGUCUGGAAAUAAGCCCAAAAGUUAUUCUUUGAAUAUGUUUAAGGACUUUGUUCCUAUGUGUGUUUUCUCCGAGACAAGUCAAGGUGGUAAGGUUGCAGUAGCUGGAAAAGUGGAACACAAGUUUGACAUGAAGCCUCACGGCGAAAACCUUGAAGAGUAUGGCAAAUUAUGUCGUGAGAGGACGAAUAAGUCCAUGAUUAGAAAUAGACAAAUACAGGUGAUUGACAAUGAUCGUGGAGUGCAUAUGAGACCCAUGCCUGGGAUGAUUGGCUUUAUUACAUCUAAUUCCAAGGAUAAAAAGAGAACAGCUCCAGUGAAACAAUCAGAAAUGAAAAGAACUAGAAGAGAUCGUGGGGAACUGGAGGAUAUAAUGUUCAAGUUAUUUGAAAGACAACCAAACUGGGCUUUGAAGCAGCUUGUUCAAGAGACUGAUCAACCUGCGCAAUUUUUGAAAGAGAUACUAAAUGAGCUGUGUGUGUACAAUAAAAGGGGAACUAACCAAGGAACUUAUGAGCUUAAGCCAGAAUACAAGAAAUCCGUUGAGGAUUCAAAUGCCGAAUGAGUCAAUUUAUUUUAUAUGUACGUUUUAAUAACUAGCCAUCUUACCUUGGGACGAAAGAGUGUGGGAAACGAACCUACAUGUUAGGUUAUGGUUAUAAAUGAACCAAAAAAAGGAAGGGAGGAACCCCAUGUUGGUUUUUACAUCCACAAUAUUAAGUUAUAACUCUGUAACAUAGGUUGUAUAUCUGAGUUGGUUUUUACAUUCGUAUUAUUAAGUUAUCUCUGUAACUGUAGGGUUACUGGUUUGUAAACUUCAUUAUUAAGUCUUCAAGAUUAUUUUAUCAACUAUCAUUAUCGGUAGGGAUAUUUGUGACAGAGGUAUAUAAGUUCUUAGUAUUUAAGCACUUUUGUUAUUUUUA